UCGGGGUGGCUCCUAGCCCAGGGUUAUGCGCUGGGGUGAUGGUCUCGCCGGCUGCUGCUAGGUUUCUCCCGCACCUGGGAGGGAGCCCCUUCCUCAGUCUCUUUCUUCUGAUGCUAUUCUGCCCCGGCGGUGGGUGCCUGCCGUGCCGCCGGCCCGCGGGGCCGCCAGUGGUUUUGGUUCCAGGGGACUUGGGUAAUCAGUUGGAAGCAAAGUUAGAUAAGCCAUCAGUAGUGCAUUAUCUCUGCUCUAAGAAGACAGACAGUUAUUUUACACUCUGGCUGAAUUUAGAAUUACUUCUGCCUGUCAUCAUUGACUGCUGGAUUGAUAAUAUCAGGCUGGUCUAUAAUCGAACAAGUAAGGUUACACAGCCACCAGAGGGAGUGGUUAUCAGAGUCCCAGGUUUUGGUCAGACAUUUUCUUUGGAGUUCCUUGACCCAAGUAAAAGGAGUGUUGGUAGUUACUUUUAUAUGCUGGUGCAGAGCUUAGUAGACUGGGGCUACAAACGUGAUGAAGAUGUAAGAGGAGCACCUUAUGACUGGCGAAAGGCACCAAAUGAGAAUGAAGACUAUUUUGUGGCCCUUCGCAAGAUGAUUGAGUCGAUGUAUGAGCAGUAUGGAAGUCCUGUUGUCUUGAUUGCCCACAGCAUGGGUAAUAUGUACACCCUCUACUUCCUCAACCAUCAGACUCAGGAUUGGAAAGACAAGUACAUAAAGGACUAUGUGUCAUUAGGUGCUCCGUGGGGAGGAGUGGCUAAAACUCUCCGUGUGCUGGCUUCAGGUGACAACAAUAGAAUACCUGUUAUCAGCUCCCUCAAGAUCAGAGACCAGCAGAGAUCAGCAGUUUCCACAAACUGGAUGCUCCCCUACAACUACACAUGGCCUCCAGAUAAGGUCUUUGUAAGCACACCUACAGCUAACUACACUCUUCAGGAUUACCAGAAGUUCUACAGGGACAUCAAUUUUGAAGAUGGCUGGCUCAUGAGACAGGACACUGAACCCUUGGUCUACCAGAUGACACCCCCUGGUGUGCGUAUACACUGUCUGUAUGGCACCGGUGUGGAAACCCCUGACUCCUUCCACUAUGACAGCUUUCCUGACAGAGAGCCCAAGAUUCUUUACAGCGAUGGGGAUGGAACAGUAAACUUACAGAGUGCCUUGCAGUGUCGGAAGUGGGUGGACAGGCAAAAACAGGAAGUGGUGAUGUUUGAGCUUUCAGGAAACGAGCACAUUCAAAUGCUGUCCAAUGAUACUACUAUCUCCUAUGUGAAAAAACUGCUUUUUGGUUUGUAAUACCUUGUGUUGAGAGUUGUUUUCCUCACCUGUGAUGCCUUCCCUUAAAUAUGGGAAAAUGCCUUUUAAUCCCUUGAGAUAUUUGAAUUAUUUAUUUUGAGUUUCAUUUUUUUCUCCUUUUUUAAGGCUGUGUUCAAGAAGUUGUUUGGUGUCCUAAAUGAUCAUAAGUCUCUUGAUAUGUGUUUAUGAUGCUUCAUGGUAUUUUCACAUUCUGCAAAUUUGGUCAGAUACGCAUUUUGGUGCCUCUGCUGUUGUGUCCAAUAUUCAUACUGACUGUCACUUAGGGACUGUGCAGCCACUUGCACAUACUGCAUCAAAUCAUAGGUACCUGAGUUCCUUUGCAUGGUUUGGAGAGGGCUAGGAAGGACUGUGAUUUCAGAUGUCCGUAAACCAAGGGAAUGAUAUCAACAAUUUAGGGAAGCACAACUAACUUUCUAAAGGAUCUUGUAUAUUCUGAUCCACAGGUCUGUGUAUUUCAAUUUGUAAAUAUGUCUAUCUCUUAGGUAAGAUAGGGAAGAAGUCUACCUGGUUCUGUCCUACUUUUAUCACGAUUCAGCUUUAUUUUAUUACAGCAUUUGGAGAAAGAAGGUAGAUGAGUGAAUUACCUGGAGCUUUUUAUGAGGUGCAUUUUUGUUUUUUCCUUAAAAGAAGGUAUUUGCUCAUCAGCUUCUAGAACCUGCUAUGUUCUGAGGAAGUCUCACCUUGUGCUUUGUCAAUGAGGGAAAGAAGCUAAACAGUGGUUGGUGCUUGCUAUAACCAUAGCUGUGUUGCAAUAGCACAUAAAUUAAAGCUAAUCGAAUUGAAAACUGGCAAACAAUCCAUUCAGUGCAGAACUGCAUUUUGGAGUGAAAAAUUAUCUCUGAUAGUGGAAAUGGUAAUAGAUGUUGAGCAUUAAUCCAAAACUAAAAGUAAGCUUUGUAGAAUGGGCUGAGGAAUAGAAGCAAGCACAAUACUACAGUAUGAAGUAUAACCUGGUCCUCAGUCAAAUACUUAAGCUCCAAUUCAUUUACUGACCAAGCAGUGACUGGAUCCACAUUGCAUUCAUCAGAAAAGGAACUUUAAGACUAAAACUAAUGUUCCACAGACAAGUUUCAUUAUUGCUGUUUCAGUAAGCUGGGAUAUAUGGUUCCUUAAACGUUUCUAUAAACUGCUGAACAUGCAGCUUUUAAUUUCCUACAGUAUUGUUUUACUCAGUGUUAAAAAAAAUAAAAUUCAACUCUGAGCACCACAGAAAUUAUAGCAAAAGCCACUAUAGUUAAACCUUGUUAACAGAAGCUUUGUUGUAGUAGCUUAAAAGAUUCUCUUUGCUUGCUUCAAAACCAGUCACCCAGUUAUGGCUGCACUUAGUUUUUUGAAAACACCAUUCUGAAUGCUUUCAAAAUGCUAGGUCAUCCAAGAAAAAUCUUUUAAGAGUUUCAGAAACUCAUCAGAACUAUUGAAUAUUAGUUAUAUAAGAAACUGAAGUUCUUUAAAUGUUAAAAUUGUUUGAACUGUUUUGGUAGCACAUGCUAACUGUUUGCUGCCAUUAACUGAGUAAGGUGAGUUGAAGUAACCAACUUGAACUCUUGUUACUAUAGAAUGCAAACAUUCAGACACAGGAUAGAGCUUUAAGUUGUAAUUGGGAAAUUACUUGUGAAUCUGGAACAACUUGACCAGGAUAAUGUUCAAGCUACAUUUUUUUCCUAGGUUUUAAAUUCCUUAUGUAGCCUCAUUUCCCCCUGCUCUUUCCCUGUUACUUUUGUUGAGGGAGCACAUAUCAAUAUUUUAAAAUGGGAUGUUUAUUUUGUCCUCAGCUGCCCAGGAACCUACACUUCAGCAGGAAUGUUGCCUAGACUUUCUGGAAGCACUGAGUUCCCUCAAGUAAUGUGGAUCUGGUAACUGUUGGAAUGGAAAAAAAAAGCCCAAACACACAAAAAAAACAAAACAACAACAAAACAGAGUCCUCUAACCAAGUGUUCUAUUUUAUGCAGAGCUGUCAGCUGGAUAAGCUUCAGGCUUAUGUUUCAAGACUGCUCAAAGAUGAUAAAGCUCUUCCUGUGGUCUGACUCAAUUUUUUAGUAAAUUGCUAUGCUACUGGUUUACAACUGAAAGACUGCAGCAAACAGUGUAUGAUCUGUGUUUCUUCAUGAAGCAGAAUGCCUGUUACUAAGCUCUAGAAAGAGUGGAGCUGGAGGCUGUGUUGCAGGAUACCAACAGGGUAACAAAGGCUGAAACAACAGAAAAAGAAUGGUAGUAGGUAAACCUUUUAACCUGAUGUAGAGAAUGCUUCCAAGCUUCAUUUAGAUCCUUACCUAAUAAUUGUUAGCAUGUUCAAUCUCAUACCAGGAGUUCAGCUUCAGAGGAUUUUCUGAUUUGAAGUUCCAAAAUACGAUUCCAAAACACUACACUGUUUUGUUUUUGUCUUUGUAAUUUUUAAUACUACUUUCUGUGUCCCCCCAAUAAUAUCUUAUUCUUUUGACAUUUCUAGUACUAUCUCUAAAAGAUUCAGUCAACUGAUCUUAACCUAAAGAUCAGUUGUGUGAAUCAGCUUUCCAUUAGUAGACAAGCCCUAGAGGUUGUUUCUUAAAAGAAAGUUGUGUUAAACUGGUAUGAUGAAGUGGAAAGCCUUUCAGGGUGUUUCUUGGUUUUUAUGUUUGUCACUAUGUAGCCUUGUUGCAUGAGACUGUGGUACCCGAGUUCUGUGCUUGCUUUAAGACAGUAUUUGUGAUGAGACUGAUUUGGAUUUUGCAGACUAUAAUUCUGGUUUAUGUGCAGGAGUUGUGAUUUUUCUUUUUAUUUAUUUCUACCAAAAUGAUCUUCAGCCUCUUCAGAUUUUGCAUAUUAGGACGGAGUUCUCACUGAAAAAAGGGAAUUCAGCAAGCAAACUACAGUGUUCUGGUCUCUGUACUGCUUCACUCAGCACAGUGAGAAGUGCUCACUCGUUAGGCCGUGUUCCUCUACAAGGCAAGAGGAUCUAGCAUUACUAUGGCAGACCUGCCAGAGCAUUGUACACUUGAGCAUCCUACAUUCUUGUGAAGAGACGGGGCUGAAGAAAUAAGUCUUUAAAGGGAGGAGAAUGUGGCACUUUCUGAAGAGGAAGAACUCAGGUGCACCGCUGAAAUAUUGGAAUUCACUGACAUAAUGUAGUUAUACCUAACACACACCAAUCAUAUCUCUUUCCAUAACUUUUACUUGGUUUUGUUCAUUCUUAGAUAAUUUCAGAAACCAAAAAUACUCUUGAGGACCAAAUGUGUAUCUUGUUUUUGACAAAAUGUGUAGAAAAUGCUGAAGAAGCUUUCAUCUGUCAUUGUAAUAUUUCUGAAGCGGUUCAGAGUCACUGUGUGAUGUUGUUUAAAAGCAGAAGGCUUCAAUAACUAGCAAUAAUUGCAAAGGACCUGCAGACCAAAGGAAGGAAUGUUUGGUAUUAAGGUAGUACUUGGAGCACAGUGUGUUUAAAGCCCUCUAAAGUUCAGGGAAUAUUUGGCAAUGACUUUGCUGCUCUACACUUAAACAGUAUUUUGUAUGGGACAUUCUGAGACCUAGCAUUUUAUAUGCUCUUUUUGUGUAUGAAUGUGUUCAAUAGAUUUUGGAAUAUUUUAUUGUCAAACUUUGAUAACAUAAUAAAGUUGAUCUAAUACA